AUGAUGGCACCCCUUUUUCCCCAUGGAUUCCUCUUGCUAGUAGGCCUGUGCUGUCUGCUUCCCAUAACCAAGACAUAUUUAUAUGAAGAACUCUAUGAAGACCCAAGCAUUGAUCACUUCCAGUGCCGGAAGGUGGUUCUCACCAUUUGCAAUGUCUCCCUCACCUUGUUCAAAGAGAUGGCCCAACGGUCAGGAAAUGGAAAUAUCCUAUUCUCCCCGGUUAGAGUCAUUGCAGCCAUCUCAAUGCUGUCCCUGGGAGCCAAAGGUAACUUAAGCAAACACAUCCUGGAGGCUCUAAAGCUCAACAAAACAGGCUUGCCUGAAGCUGAGAUCCACAAGUGUUUCCGGUAUCUGCUCCGUGCUCUCCACAAGCCUGAAGAGUUUUCACCACAAAAAAGUGGUAGCAGUGUGUUCAUCCACCAGGGUCUGACACAAGUAGACAAAUUUGUGGAAGGGGUCAAGGACCUAUACCACUCUGACAUUCUCUCCAUCAACUUCACAGACAGCAGUAGUGCCAAGACACAGAUCAACAAUUACGUGACGGAGAAAAGCAAUAAGGAAAUAGUAAACAUUGUCAAGAAUCUGGAGAGUAACACGUUCCUGGCUGUGGUGAACUACAUUACCUUGAAUGCCAAAAUUAUCAGCGACUAUGGCUGCCGGUUCGUCAAGGUGAAUGACUACCACUUAGGAUACGGAAUGACGACAAAGGUACCGAUGAUCCAUACAGUGGACUUGAAUCACUUGUUCCGAGUCGAGGACCUAUCUAGCACGGUGCUGGUGUAUUCUCUGCUUGCAGGCAACUUCGCAACCUACUUCAUCUUACCUGAUAUAGGGAAGUUGAAGAAGGUGGAACAGAAGCUGACUUACCCACACUUCCGCCGGAUGAGACGACAAUUAUCGCUAAGGAUGGUUGAUUUAGAGGCACCAGAACUGUCACUGUCUGAGACCCAUGACUUGGAGUCAGUGAUGAGCCUACUAGGAAUCACCUAUGCUUUCAACAGUGACGCCAACAGCUCUGUGGUCGUGAAUGACACACUUCAGAAGUCCUUAAAGGUGGUAAGUAAGGCCGUGCUGACCCACGAGGAUAAGUGGUCAAAACCCGGUAAAAGCCUAUGCUUUAAAAAUGACGGAUCGAUUGAUAUGGGCCAUGUUCAGUUCAACAGACCUUUCCUAAUCUUCAUCCAGGAUACAAAAAAUGAUGCCCCUCUCUUUUUAGGCAGAGUGGUAAAUCCCAAAAACUAA